UUUUGUAUCUUAUUGAUAUCUCACAAGCCUUACAUAACACACUUCCCUCACACAAUCUCUCAGCCUUUGAAUCCAAUUCUCCAUGGCCAUGGCAACCCAAGCCUCCCUCUUGACCCCACCUCUCUCUGGUCCCAAAACCAGUGACCGUGUCUCUGUGCCAUGGAAACAAUCAUCCACCUUGUCCUUCACCAGCCCCAAGCCCCUAAAGUUCACAACUUCACCAAGAACAAUCAGAGCAGCUGCUGCUGAUGAGAAAGUAGAGGCACCAACAAAGGAAGAGGCACCGGUUGGGUUCACCCCACCUGAAUUGGACCCAAACACUCCCUCCCCAAUCUUUGGUGGCAGCACUGGAGGGUUGUUGCGCAAGGCCCAGGUGGAGGAAUUCUAUGUUAUCACAUGGGACUCUCCUAAAGAACAGAUCUUUGAAAUGCCCACUGGUGGAGCAGCCAUCAUGAGGCAGGGUCCCAACCUUCUCAAGUUGGCUAGGAAAGAACAGUGCUUGGCUCUUGGGACUAGGCUGAGGUCUAAGUACAAGAUCAAGUACCAGUUCUACAGGGUGUUCCCUAAUGGGGAAGUCCAAUAUCUGCACCCUAAGGAUGGUGUGUACCCUGAGAAGGUGAACCCGGGUCGCCAAGGGGUUGGCCUCAACUCCAGGUCUAUUGGUAAGAAUAUAAGUCCAAUUGAGGUCAAGUUCACCGGCAAGCAAGUUUAUGAUUUGUAAGCUAUGGGAUGCUUAAUUGGGGUAUAUUCUGAUGUAUUUAUAAUCAAGUUUAUGUGAGAAAUGUUAAAACUCUGUACCUUUAUUUUUACGGUUAUUUCCUUUUUUUUAUUUCAUGAUUAUUGUGUCAACAGCAUGUUAUGGAAUAUUAUUUUUCUUUAGCUUGA